AUGAGUCAGCUUUACCCCGAAGAGGAAGUCCUUAGGGAGCCACGAGUGUCUACGAAGGAAAAAUGUCGGCCACCUAGAAGAGAAAACGCUUGUGAUCCUUCUUGGCAUAAGCAUGCUGCCGCACGCCAGGUUAGUAGGAGCACAAGGAGGAAGGCAACAACCUCAGAUGAUACAGGUGCCCCGAAGGAUGAUGCUCCCAUCCAUAGAAAGAGAAAAGCAACAACUUCAGAUGAUACAAGUGGCCCGAAAAGGGAUCCCAUGCACAAGAUUGAUGGAGUGAAUGUUUUUUCUUACUUUUGCUUCACCCCAGAAAGUGUCAGAGAUCGAUGUCUUGGGUGGGAGCAGUUGUUCGAGGAUGAACGAGAUCUUUACUUUGCACUUGGGGGUCACCAUGACUAG